CAACUAACACAAAUAUCUUUCUCCUAAAAAUCCACUACCGUGCCGGACCCUUAUUCACACAGAAUAUGCUGAUGCGUAAGAACUGACUAAACUAAUAGUCGCCGGAAUGGUCCUAAAUGCCAAACUACACUACAAUACAAUUAAACCAGCCAAACGACAAAUACCAUACCAUACAUUCCAAACACAACUAACAACACUUUCCUUUGCCCUUUCCACUUAAAAGAAGAAAACUCACCACCAUUUAACAUGGCGUCGACGGCGAUGUUCUCUUCUUCGCUCUUUCCAAUCACACCUCUUAACAAAUUAUCAUCUUCACGAAACUCUCUAAUCUUUCGUCCUCUUUCAUUUCGUCCUCCACUUUUCAGAAUUCGUUCGUCUUUGUUACAAGAUAAAGAAGAUAAAGUUAUUACACAAAACACUUUUCCUUCUAAAACCUCUCCUUUAGAUUCCGUUACUGAAAAUUCAACUAAUGACGAUGAUACUUCAUCUACUAGUGCUUGGGAAAAAGGGGUUAUUAAAGUUGAACAAUCCGUUAAUAUUUUUCUCACGGACUCUGUCAUAAAGAUACUUGAUGCUUUGUACCGUGAUAGAAAUUAUGCAAGGUUUUUUGUGCUUGAAACUAUAGCAAGAGUCCCUUAUUUUGCCUUUAUGUCAAUUCUCCACAUGUAUGAGAGUUUUGGUUGGUGGAGACGAGCGGAUUAUCUGAAAGUGCAUUUUGCCGAGAGCUGGAAUGAAAUGCAUCAUUUGCUCAUCAUGGAAGAACUUGGAGGGAAUGCUUGGUGGUUUGACCGGUUUCUUGCUCAACAUAUUGCAAUAUUUUAUUACUUCAUGACAGCUUUAAUGUAUUUAAUAAGCCCAAGAAUGGCAUAUCACUUUUCAGAAUGCGUAGAGAGUCAUGCAUUUGAAACUUAUGACAAAUUUAUCAAGGAACAAGGAGAGGAGUUGAAAAAAAUGCCAGCUCCUGAGGUUGCUGUGAAUUAUUAUACAGGAGGUGACUUGUAUUUAUUUGAUGAAUUUCAAACCUCCAGGGUUCCAAAUACUAGAAGGCCUACGAUAGAUAAUCUGUACGAUGUAUUUCUAAACAUCAGAGACGAUGAAGCUGAACAUUGCAAGACAAUGAGGGCUUGCCAAACUUAUGGGAACCUCCGGUCGCCUCAUUCAUAUGCAGAUGCAGAGGAUGAUGAUGAAUCAGUCUGUACAAUUGAAGCAGGCUGUGAAGGAAUUGUAGACUGUAUAAAGAAAUCUGUUACUUCUAAUCCAGCUAAGGUGAAGUAAGACAUGGAGUACAAUACAUCACACAUUCAUUCAAAAUUCCUCUACUGUAUAAAGAAAUAGAAUACGAGGUAAAUUCCUCUACAGUAUGAUAUAGAAAUAAUGAUUACAGUCAGUAAAUAGUUGAAAUUUGGAUGAGAUUCCUCUACAAUGAGGGUGUAUGAGCAAUUUUUUUUUUUCUUCAAAAUUUAUUCGAUUAUGUAUGCUUUAAUUAAAGCAACAGUGACUAUAUUUGUAUUUUAUAUACUUCAAAGAUAAAUAUAAUUUAAAGAGCAUUUUUUUCA